AUGGAUGAAAGGUUCAACAAGUGGCUGCUGACGCCGGUGCUCACUCUCCUCUUCGUGGUCAUCAUGUACCAGUACGUGUCCCCCUCCUGCUCCAGCUCCUGCGCCAACUUCGGGGAGCAGCCCCGCGCCGGAGAAGCCGGCCCGCCGGCCGCCCCGAGUCCCGCCCGCCGGGCACAGGCGCCGCCCGAGGACUGGGAGCGGCGGCCCCAGCUGCCCCCGCCACCCCGGGGGCAGCCCGAGGGGUCUCGGGGGGCCGCGGCGCCGGAGGACGAGGACGAGGAGCCGGGGGACCCCGAGGACGAGGAGGCGGAGGCGGAGGAGGAGGAAGAGGAACCGGAUCCCGAGGCCCCCGAGAACGGCUCCCUGCCCCGGUUCGUGCCGCGCUUCAACUUCACCCCGAAGGACCUGACCCGCUUCGUGGAUUUCAACAUCAAGGGGCGCGACGUGAUCGUCUUCCUGCACAUCCAGAAGACCGGGGGCACCACGUUCGGCCGGCACCUGGUGAAGAACAUCCGGCUGGAGCAGCCGUGCAGCUGCAAAGCCGGCCAGAAGAAGUGCACCUGCCACCGGCCCGGCAAGAAGGAGACGUGGCUCUUCUCCCGCUUCUCCACCGGCUGGAGCUGCGGGCUGCAUGCCGACUGGACGGAGCUCACCAACUGUGUGCCGGCCAUCAUGGAGAAGAAAGACUGUCCCCGCAACCACAGCCACACCAGGUACUGUCCCCCCGCCGCGUCGUCUCGCUUCCGGCCACCUUCCUUCCCGCUCCAGCGCACCCCGCCGCCGCCACCCCAGUCCCGACCAGCCCCCAGCCCCGGGCGACCCCGCGGUCCCUCGGCGGCGCGGGGCGGGUGGUUCCCUAGUAUCGUCCCGCGAUGCGGGGAGAGGGAGAAGAGGCCUUUGCAAAGUGUCCUGGUGUUGAACUCGCUCCUCCCCUAG